AGGAAAUGGAGUACAGUACAGUCACGUGUCCUAUCUGCCAGCCAGCGCCGCCUCUCAGUUCAUCACGUGACUCGACCCCCAUUUGCCGGUGUGCCUGGUGUUACGUGCAGCUCUCCAAUGUCACGCAACUCAGGGGUGAAAUUAACCAACCACCUAGUGGCUCGCUGGCCAAGCCGGGGUUCGCUUCCCUGUAAACAGUACCAGCCUGCGUGUGCCAUGUGUAGUAAAAGUGCUGCGUCUCUCAAAACCAAUCAUGAAAACAGCCAACCUCACUCAGUCCUGGAGGAGCUGAGGAUGCCGUUCUCUCAUGCUUAUAUCGGAAACUUCUUCCAAGAUAAGCCCGUCUUGGGGAAUCAGUUCUUAGAGGAUGCCCUUCUCCAGAGUUACCUGAAGAGACACCUUCCUCCUCGGGUGUUGGAAGAAGUUAGUCAGGACCUUGAGCGCUUUGGACAGCGGCUAGUAGAGGAGAUUGACCACCUUGGACGGGAGUGUGAACUAAACCUCCCGCAGCUGCGGCAGUAUGACUCCUGGGGCCAUAGGGUUGAUGACAUCCUUACCUGUCCUGCCUGGAAGAGAAUGAAGGCAAUCUCUGCAGAAGAAGGCUUUAUAGCAGAAGCUUAUGAGAGAAAAUACUCCAGUUGGAGCCGCCUUGUUCAGGUCAUUAAGAACUAUCUGUUUUCGCCAUCCUCUGGCCUGUUCAGUUGCCCUCUAGCUAUGACUGAUGGUGCAGCCAAGGUCUUCGAGGCACUUGGUACCCCAGCUGGUGUUGAGGAUGCUUUUAGACACCUCACAUCCCGAGAUCCUAGCAGCUUUUGGACAUCUGGACAGUGGAUGACAGAGCGUAGAGGAGGAUCAGAUGUUGCACAUGGCACAGAGACAGUGGCUCAUGCCCAGGCAGAUGGUACUUACAAGCUAUAUGGAUACAAGUGGUUUACAUCCGCUACAGACUCUGAUAUGAGUCUGACUCUAGGCAGAGUAGUUGAUGCACAAGGACACACAGUGCAGGGCACAAAAGGGUUGUCGCUCUUCUACCUGGAAGUCCGUGAUGCUGAAGGGCAGCUGAAUGGAAUUGAGGUGCAGAGGCUUAAAGAUAAAUUGGGCACUCGGCAGGUGCCAACAGCAGAACUGUUGCUGGAUGGGGUAAAAGCUCUGCAGAUUUCGCCUCAAGGUCGCGGUGUUGCUUCAAUCGCCAGCAUGUUAACAAUUACUCGUAUUCACAAUACCAUUGCUGCAGCAUCUAGCAUGAGGAGAAUAAUUAACUUGGCAAGGGAAUAUGCAUCCAAACGAUUUGUAUUUGGUCAGCUGAUAAGGGACCACCCCCUGCAUAUGCAGACCUUGGCACGAAUGGAGGUAGAGGCACGUGGAGCGUUUCUUCUGUUAAUGGAGGUUUCGCGCUUGUUGGGGUUGGAGGAAACGAACAUGGCAACAGAGCAGGACCAGCACUUACUCCGACUCCUUACUCCCGUUGCUAAGCUCUACACUGGGAAACAGGCUGUUGCUGUCUUAUCAGAAGGGCUGGAAUGCUUCGGAGGGCAGGGUUACAUGGAGGACACAGGUUUGCCAGCUAUGCUCAGAGAUGUACAGGUACUGACCAUCUGGGAAGGAACAACUAACAUCCUGUCUCUAGAUGUCCUGCGUUCAGUCACCAAGAGCCAGGGACAGGUCCUCAGUGCAUUCUUCUCUGUCACUCAGGAAAAGCUGGAAGCCGCCUCUAAUGUCCCUAGCUUGUCUGAGCCUAUUUUACGUUUGAUGCAAGCUUUACAGCAGCUAAGAGCCUUCACACAGCAGGCGGGAGUGAGAGGAAGCAGCUUCUUGGCACUGGCUGCAAGAGACUUCUCCUACAGCCUGGCUAAAAUCUACAUAGGUUCUCUCUUAGUGGACCAUGCAGCGUGGGCAGAGGCAACUGACGUAACAUCUGCAUAUUGUGCUCAAAGAUGGAGUGAGCAGGAUCUGUGUCCUGUGAGUAAGGCUGAAGCUUCUGGGUGCUAUGAUUCACAUGCAGCAUCAAUGGACAAAACGCUAGUGUAUGAGAAAAGCCCUUUGUUACUGGGGAAGCUAUAAGACCUUGACUUUUUCAUUUCCAUUACGUUUAUAUGGAAUACCUGAUCACUCUAAACAGAUACAGUAGAUCAAUAUGUAUAUUGUCUUCUAAAAAUGAGUGUGUUGUACCAAUUACUCUCGUCAUAAUAGGCUCAUUAUAUUUCCCAGGAGCUUUUAACUUGACAGGUUAUCAUUUUCCUAAAUGUAGCUUAGAGAUAACUACCAAUGAUUUCUAGUUGCAUAGAUAAUUAAGAAUUCUGGUAAAUAAGAGACCGGCACUUCUUCUUUAUAAAAAAAAAAAUAUUAUAUUAAUGACAUUAUAAAAACUUGAGUAAUGGUUGUCAGAGGUGAUUCCCAUAUUAAAUAUACAUCUCUGAAAAAAAGGCUUAGAACCUGGGCUAUACAGUGAUACUACUGUCCUGACAGAGAAGAAUGGGUAACUUAGGGGGAGAUGUAUCAAACUUUCUAAAAAGGUGGAGGUUUGAUACGUCUCCCCCUUAGAAACUACACAAUUGCAUAUCAUGGGUUUAUCAUGGCUCCUUGUUAACAAAAUGUGAGAGGCUUACACAAACUAAUAGAAGUGCUUAAAUGCUGAAAAAUCUGAUUGAUACAAAAUAGUUUGACAGGGGUGAAAAUAUAAAUCCAAAAUUUAUAAAUAACAUAGAAGAAGGAUGACUUAGCUACUGGGGCCACACAUAACGGGACCCGCUUGGCCGGGAGGUUUUUUUUGUGUGCACACGGAUCCUGUUCUGUGGGAUGCCGCAGAACAGGAUCCGGCCUGUGACUUCAAUGGAACACAGAGUCGCACUGUGUGAACACAUACAUUGAAAUAUAUAUUUUCUCAUUGAAAUCCCGCCGUCCUGUUAUCCGGCCCAACCGCAGCAAGCGGUUGGAUCCGGCGGCGGCAGGACUGCCGCACAUGUGUGGGCGUCUGCAUUGCGGCCUAUGACAUGUUUUGGUACUAGGUUACAUUUCCUGGGACUGAGAGAUAACUCAUAGGGGGGUAUUAAAUUGUUUGAAAAGUCAGAUGGAAGUCUGUUUUUUCCUGUCUAAUAGACAGGAAAAAACAGACCCCCAACCGACUUUUCAAACAAUUGAAUUCCACCCAUAGUUUAAUGCAAUUAAUUUAUCUGACAGCACAUAAUACAGCAAACACUGGACACUGAAUUAUUUACAGUGAGUAUCAAAAAUAUUCUUUCUUUGGUAUUUUUUUACAUCAUAGGGGGGUAUUCAUUUAGCGUCAAAAUCACAGCAAUUUACAGCGAUUGCAGUUUUUGCCAUUUUCGGGUCUUCUUUGCCACAAAAAACUGCUAUUCGCGGGUACGUUCGUUCCCAUAAUUUGCUCUAUUCAAAUGCAAAUUAGCAAAAACUGGAUAAUCGUAAUAUUGGUGCCAAAAGUUAAAAGAAGGGGUAAAUCUGUCCGUAUUCCCCCGUAAAAGUUAAACUAACAUCGGAUAACAGAAUAAAAGUGUAUUAUUGGUUAUAAUAAACGUAUUUCUGGUACUUAAA